AUGGCGCAAGAGAAUUUAAAGGAUGUGAAUGCCAUUGUGACACGAAGUGUUAAGAGGAAGCACCAUGUGAAGAAGACACCGUUCCUGACAGAGCAAGUUAGUGCUCUAAUUGAGCAGCGAACUCCUCCCAAGUACAAGGAUCUUGGAACUAGCCCUCGUAAAGACCCUCAACGUAGGCUUAAUCCCACUAUAAAAGAAGUGGUGAAGAAUGAAGUGUUGAAACUAUUAGAUGCAGGAAUCAUAUAUCCUAUUGCUAAUAGUAAAUGGGUAAAUGCCCCAUUUGAGUGGACACAAGAUUGUCAAGAGGCCUUUAAAACGCUAAUUGACAAGCUUACCUCAGCACCCAUAAUGCAGCCACUUGAUUGGACUUUACCUUUUGAGAUCAUGUGUGAUGCUAGGGAUUUUACUGUACUUGUUGUUCUUGGAAAACGAAGGGAGGGGAAGCCUUUUGUCAUUUACUAUGCUAAAUUUGACAUCACCAUCAAAGACAAGAAAGGAGUGGAGAAUGUAGUGGCUGGCCAUCUCUCGAGGCUCACAUUUGAGGACACCUCUGACCAUCUACCAAUCAGGGAUGAUUUUCCGCAUGAACAUUUAUUUUCUAUUACUUUUCUACCAUGGUUUGCUUACAUUGUGAAUUAUAUGGCUACAGGUGAGAUACCCGUGGAUUGGAGCGCUCGGGACAAGAGGAAGUUCAUGAUUGAGGUACAUAAUUUCUAUUGGGAUGACCUUUUUAUUUGCAAAUACUACCCUGACCAAAUUUUAAAGCGUUGCAUCUUUGAUGAAGAGAUUGCUAGCAUCUUAGAAUUUUGUCACUUCCAAGCUUGUGGGGUAGAUUAUGUGUCAAAAGGGGUAGAGACAACAACAUUCAGGAGCAAUGAUAAUAGGAUGGUAAUUAAAUUUGUCAAAGAAAAUGUGUUAUCUCGAUUUGGUACACCACAUGCUAUCAUUAGUGGCCUAGAUAAACAUUUUUGCAACCGUUCUUUUGAGGCUUUGAUGAAAAAAUAUGGGGUGAAAUAUAAGAUCUCUACUGCCUACCACCCCCAGACCAUUGGACAGGUAGAACUUGCAAACAGAGAAAUUAAGCAAAUUUUAGAGAAAAGGAUCAACCCGGAUCGCAAAGAUUGGUCUUUGAGACUAGUUGAUGUGCUUUGGGUCUGCCAUACAGCUUUCAAUACUCCUUUAGGCAUGUCACAUAGGCUUGUUUCUGAAAAGCCUUGUCACUUACCUGUGGAGCUCGAGCAUCGAGCUUAUUGGGUCAUCAAACAUUUCAAUUUUGACAUGACAGAAGUAGUGGAUAAGGCUAAUGGAUUGAUUGGCAUUGGAGUAGCUAUUAGGGACUGUACUGGCCAGAUCAUUGCCACUAUGAGGAAGAGGAAACGGUUUUUUCCUGACCCCUUAUUAGUUGAGUCAUAUGGAGCUUUACAGGCUGUUAAACUAGGAUUGGAUCUUGGACUGCAACAUAUUGUUAUUGAGGGGGAAUCAUUGCAAGUCACAAAGGCAUUACUAGAAGAUAAAGAAGCUUAG